AUGGAAAAGAACGUCAAAGUGGGUAGAUGCUCCAAAUUCUGGAGCCAUGCCCACAAAAGAGAACAAUGUGACGGGCCGGACAGAACAAAUGGAUGCUACAGGUGCGGGGAAUCUGACCACAGGGCUAAGGAAUGCCAAAAUCAGGAAUUCUGCCCGAUUUGCAUGGAAAAGGGACAUAAAACUGGCACAGCGAGGUGCCCGGCUUUCGAAGAGGCACUCAAGAAAGCUAGGUCAGGAGCCAGAUGGAGAAAUGCAUCCAUGGGAGCUCUAGCAGACAAGGAUGCGCCCACAACGACCGAGACAAAUGGCAAGGUUCUGGGAAGGCAGAGCACUCUCUCUGCGAGUCAGGGGGAGAAUAACAGCAGGGACAGCAAGCAGGCACAUCGAUUUGCACAACCGAGCGGAUAUAUCAUUCCUGACUACUGUGGCCUCCAAGAUCAGGAGGUGGAAAAAAGCCCUACUAUUGAAAUAGCUACUGGGCAAAAUCUCCCAGAAGACAAAAAAGACACCACAGAUGAGGAAAACCCUACCUGUUCAGAGGAGAUACCUACAGAAGAGGAGGAGGAACCUGUAGGAGGGGGCAUAUUCCAGGGUAAUGUGAACACAAAAUUAGAAAUAAAAAAAAUAUCAAAGGAAAUAUGUACAACAGUAAAAACAAUGAAGGAGAGGAGCAGAAAACUAUGGGAACUGGAGGAGGAGGAAAGGAAUGAAAGCCGAGAACAGACAACAAAAGCGCCUAUUGCAGACAUAAAGGGAGAUAAAGACAUGGGAAUACAGGUGGACACUGAUCUGGAAGAAAUAGAGGAGAUCAGGAGAGAGACCGAGGCUUCCGAAGACAUAAGGAGAAACCUGAAAGAAGCUAACACAAUAGAGGAAGUACAAACCGUGAUCUGGCAAGACUGGCCGGCUCAAACAUAUAAAAACACGAACAUCACAACAGAAAGCCCACUGGGGGAAAGGAAAACUGACCUAAUACUCUGCACCAACAAGGAGAACGAUGAGGAAAAAAGUAUAAACAAGGCUUUUCAAGACAGAUACCCUGAGCUAAACGACGAAGAAGGAGAAGCCACAAGAACGUACAAAUUAGCCGAAAACAGUGUCAGGCUACCAGAAACCGGACAAACAAUGGAAAGAUCAAUAUUCAAGAUAAACACUACUGCCAUCGACCAAAACUCUGAAAUCUCACUAGACCUCAUGAAAGCAAUCCAAAGCCCAGAAAAUGACAUGACAAAUAACGAAAGAACAAAAGCAACAAUGAUGAUAACCGAAAGUAUUGACCAGGAUGGAGUAAGGAAAUUACUUGAAUAUACCCUACAGAAUACAAACAUAGAAAUAGACAUUUAUAUACCAAACAACAACAAAGCAAGGCCAAACACUAAAGACAGACAAGUUAGCACCAGAAGCACAAAAAAGAAACCAUCAAUGAAGAAGGAAGCAAUAAUAAUAGCGUCCUAA